AUGCUCCUCCACGUCAGAAGCCCGCCGUCCUCUUUGUCCUCUCCGGCUCUCCCCACCGCCAGAAAGGAAACGGACCCAACGCGAUCGAAGUCCACUGCCGUCUUCACUGCUGCCAGGCGCCAGCCACGGCCCACGGCCAAUGCAAUUGCAGUUGCAGUUGCAAUUGCACGGCACCCAUUUCCAGAGCCGUCCUCAAUUAGCUAGUCAAAUCUCGCUAUCCUUUCCCCACCAUCCAGAUCUUCCCUUUCAUGGACGCCGCCGUCUCCACCCUCACCGCUCUCGCCAUCUUCGCGAGCACCGUCGAGCACGCCGCCUACAGGAGCGUGCAGGGGUAUAGGGUGGUCGGGAGGAAAGGCGGCGGGUGGGUCCGUUGGGAGAGGUGGGUGGAGCGGCAGUUCGUCCUCUCCCUCUCCUUCCCACGGUGCGUCGAGGUUGCCCUGCCCGCCGCCGCGCCGCGGAUACUGCCAGCGGGGUGGCGCAGCCGGCCGGUGUUCCGCGAGGGACAGACCGUCGACACUUGGCGUUGCAUUGUGGCAUUCGACUCCGUCGCCGCCGUCGCUCCGUCCUCCCCGCCGCCGCCCGUGCUCUCCCCCUUCGUGAACCCACAGCUGCAGUAUCUGUCUAAUCUGUACAAUGACCUGCUGAUGGUGUUUCGGUUUCGAGAAGAGAAAACGGUCCCACAACUCGUUAAUUCAAAGCAACCCAUCCGUUGUGGUGAACAGGGGAAAACUUCUGAUUUGGGUGAUGCAUCGGAGUCCGAUUCGGAUGGGGAUUGUCAAUCUGGCAAAGAACUUGCACCACCAGUUCAGAAGCAUACAAGAGCCAACCGGAAGCAUAUAGAUAGCAUUACUUUAGUUGAUAUAGCUCAGUACUUCCAUCUUCCAAUCCGAGAUGCAUCAAAGACACUCAAGAUUGGGGUCAGCAUAUUGAAGAGGAAAUGCCGACAGUAUGGGAUACCUCGUUGGCCUCACCGGAAGAUCAAGUCACUUGACUCUCUCAUUCAUGACCUUGAGUUCGUGCUAGCAAGAGAGGAUGAGGAUGAGGAGGAGGAGAAGCAGCUGCAGAAGGACAGGCUGGCUGCUGCGAUAAACGCCCUCACAAAACGGAAGAGCAUGCUGGAGAGCGAGAAGGAAACCAUACAGCAGAAACCGGCCAUGGACCUGAUGGCUGAAACCAAGCUAUUCAGGGAAGAUGUUUUCAAGAGGAGAUAUAGGGCCAAAAGUUCAGUCAUGGAUAUGGAUUAGCAUUUCUCUUUAGCUGAUAAUACCUGGUGUAAAAAGAUAUGGCUGAUCGAACCUGUUUGUAAAGAGAUAAUCGAUCCAUGUGUACCGCCAGUUAUAUGGUAGCUGGUAGCUGCUCUCGUCAUAACCUUCAUUUUGUUCUGAUGGUGUCUGUUAAUUGUACUCUUCUUGGGUGAACUGAACUGCUGGAGAACU